ACUUUGUGAGCUACGGGGAGGACUUGGGCGGGUAGGUGGAAGCCCUGGAGGGCUAUUCGCAGAGGAAGGGUGGGCCCUGACUCAGGUACUCAUGCGCGCCCUCUGGUGGCUGCUGCAGGGAAGACAGACUUUAAACCGUUAGGUCUGGAGCUGGGGGAACAGGGGUGCAGGCCACUGCCCUGGUCCAGGUAAGUGACAAUGGGCUGGACCAAGGUGGUAGCCAUGUACAUGAUAAGAAGCAGUCAGAUUCUCGAUAUACUUUGAAGAUUAAGCCCACAGGAUGUAGUGACAGACUGCGCAAGAGAGAAAAGGAGGAAGCAAGGAUGACAUCGGGGGUUUUGAUCAACUUGGACAAUGGAGAUGCUCCCAACAAGGACUCUCACUGGAUCCUAUUGACAACGCUGUGUGGUAGAGUCAAUCAUGAAUUCCAAUCUCCAGAUGGGGAAACUGCAGCUCAGAGAAGUAAAGCAGGUACCCCAAGGUCACACAGCAAGAAGAGUCUGAGAUGGAAUCCACACUCGGGGCCAUCUGACUCCAAACCUAUGGCAGUGUCACUUCGGGGACUGACGGUGUGCCUCUCUCUUGGAACUCUAAAGACUUCCCCUUCUCCCCCGCUUCCAUCUCCUGUUGACAGGAGGAUGAAAGGCAGUGUGUCAGUUUCCUGUGGCUGCUGUAAAAGACCAUGAACUUAGUGGCUUAAAACAAUACAUUGUUGUGGAGGUCAGAAGCCUGACAUGGAGCUCACUGGGCUAAAAUUAAGCUGUCAGCAAGGCUGGCCCCUUCUGGAAGCUCCAGGGGAGAAUCUGCUGACUGGCCUUUUCCAGCUUCUAAAAAGACCACCUGCAUUCCAUGGCUCGUGGCCUUCUUCCUCCAUCCUCAAAGUCAGCAACAGCCUGUGGAGUCUUUCUCACCUCCAAUCCCUCUAACGCUGACCCUUCUGUCUCCCUUUUCCCUGUUGAAGAACUUGCGAGAUUACAUUGAGCCCCUGUGGUGAAUCCAGAGUCAUCUUUCCAUCUCCUCAUCAGCUGAUUAAUAAUCUGAAUUCUAUCUGCAAAUUUAAUCCACUCCCUCUCCCUUAUAUUGCCAUGUAACAUAACAUGUUCGUGGGUUUAGAGCGAUUGGGAUCUGGACCUCUGGUAGGGGUUGGGAGGAGACACUCCCUCUGUCUACCAUAUGCAGUGAGGUCACAAGGACCACUGUGACCUCAUCAUCCCCUGGGACCUAAAUUUACAAAGCACCCCUCCCACACAGUUGCUGGAUGGGCCAACUUCAGGCCAGAGGUUUGAACCUGAGUGUCCUGACCCUCCAGCUAUGAUGGGAGCCCAACCAGAGCAAACUCAGAAGCCCAGCUCGCGGGUCCAGACCCUGUUUAAGAGGGUCAAGGCCUUCUUCACCAAAACUGGUCCCCCACCCCCACCCCCAACCCCCUCCCGGAAUCUGGGCUGUACCCACGUGUACGGGUACGUGUUUGGGCACCUGGGGGAAAGAGAACCGGAGCAUCCCCCAUCGCAGCAGGUGAGCUUGGCAACCACAGGCCCUGAAGAACCUGCAGCUGGAACUGCAGAGGGAGAAGGUCACCCUGCCCGCCCACUCUGUAUGCCCCGCUCCCCUCCAGGCCAGCCUGGGUGGACUGCCACCUGGAAGCUGUGGGGACCAGGGCAAGCCUUGGACUGGAGCCGAGGGGGAGGGGAGGUUCUAGACAUGUGUCAGGAAAAAGACCUCCAGCCUGGAUGAGUGUGGGUGGGAGCUGGGUCUGUCCUGCAGGUGCUGGACACAGGGGAGCAGCUGAUGGUCCCCGUGGAUGUCCUGGAAGUGGAUAAUGAGGGAGCCUUGUGGAAGUUCCUCCUCUCGGGAGCCAUGGCUGGGGCAGUGUCUCGCACGGGCACGGCCCCUCUGGACCGUGCCAAGGUGUACAUGCAGGUCUACUCCUCCAAGAAGAAUUUCAUGAGUCUGCUGGGAGGUCUCCGGAGCCUGAUCCAGGAAGGGGGCAUCCGUUCACUCUGGAGGGGCAACGGUAUCAAUGUGCUCAAAAUUGCCCCGGAGUACGCCAUCAAGUUCUCUGUCUUUGAACAGUGUAAAAACUACUUCUGUGGAGUGCACGAAUCCCCACCCUUUCAGGAACGUCUCCUUGCUGGCUCUCUGGCUGUGGCCACUUCCCAGACGCUCAUCAACCCCAUGGAGGUGCUGAAGACGCGGCUGACCCUGCGGCAGACCGGCCAGUACAAGGGACUGCUGGACUGCGCCAGGCAGAUCCUGGAGCAGGAGGGCACCCGCGCCCUUUACCGUGGGUACCUCCCCAACAUGCUUGGCAUCAUCCCGUAUGCCUGCACCGACCUGGCCGUCUAUGAGAUGCUCAAGUAUCUCUGGCUGAAAUCAGGCAGGGACAUGAAGGACCCUAGUGGCUUGGUCAGUCUGUCGUCUGUGACACUGUCCACCACCUGUGGACAGAUGGCCAGUUACCCGCUGACUUUGGUGCGCACCAGGAUGCAAGCCCAAGACACUGUGGAGGGUUCAAACCCCACCAUGUGUGGAGUCUUCCGGAGGAUCCUGGCCCAGCAGGGCUGGCCAGGGCUGUACCGAGGCAUGACCCCCACAUUACUGAAGGUGCUGCCUGCAGGCGGCAUCAGCUACGUGGUGUAUGAAGCCAUGAAGAAGACCCUGGGAGUAUAAGUAAUGAACUAGGCGACAUACCCUGG